AAAGAGAGAGAAAGAGAGAGAAAGAGAGAGGGGGGCAGCAGGAGCAAAAGAGAGUGAGAGGAAAUAGUAGAGUGAGAAAGAAAGAGCAGGAAAAAGAGUGGGGGAGAGAGUGUGAAAUAAGGAGAGAGACAGAGAGAGAGAUAGAGUGAGUGGAAGAGAGGGACUGAGGAAGAGAAGGUGAGACAUAGAGAGGUAGAGAUAGAGAUAAUAAGCGACGAAUAAAUGGGAAGAGAGUGCAGUAGAGGGGAAACCAGCGAGAAAGAGAGAGGGAGAUGGAGUGUGAGAUGGAGUGAGAGAAAGAGAGGGAGUCAGGGGAAAAAAGAGAGAAACAGAGGAACAGAAAGAUAAUGAGAGAAAAAUAAAUAAGAAAAGAGCAGGAGAGAAACAGAGAGAGAGAAAGCCUGAGAGGGGAAAACAGACAGAGAGAGGGGGAGAGAGAGAGAGAGAGAGAGAGAGAGAGAGGGAACAGUAAAGAGUGAGUAAGAGGAGCAGAGGGAGGCGGGACGUGUGUGAAAGCCGCAGCGUGUUUUUCCAGAUCGUAUCUGCGAGACCUUCGGACACUGAUUUACCCGUGACGAGCUCCUGAGGGACGGAUACAGGGACGGAUAGAGGGAUAGAUACAGGGAUGGAAAAAAAGAGACAGAUAGAUGGAUAGAUACAGAGACAGAUAAAGAGACAGACACAGGUAGGUUUGGAUUCUACUGCUUUUCUUCUUCCACUCAGGAGAAAGAGAAUGUCGGUGUCCUGAGUGAAGCGGAUCAGAUCGUCCCCGUUGCUCACAGACGAGUCACGCUCUGCUUCUGAUCAGACACUUUUUCACGUCGGCUCGCUGCUCGCUCUGACGUGAGGUCAGCUGUGACAGAUGUGUCCAGGUGUUCGGCGGCGAGUUCUGCAGCUUUUCUGUCCUUUUCUGUCGAUGUGACUGCGGAGCCUGAGGGUCAGGACGCUUCACACACCGACACACUGACAGGUUGCAGAUUUACCCUGCUGGUGAGGGACCAAUCAGAACGCCACGCUGCCGGGAGGAAAGUAAAGCGCCGACCAUUUCAGCGUUUUUUCACGGCGCGUCCUGGUGAAGUUCGAGCAAGUCUCCAGAAGCUCGGCUGGUGGAACACUGGAAAAUUUCAAGCAGCCCUGGAUCUUCAUCAAUGUCAUCGAAGCACUGUGGCAUAUUUUACCCCGGAUUCGGCGUUCAGCUCUCAGAGUCACUUAGUAUUCCAAGCUGAAGGUCCACACUGAAACGUUUCCAAUGCUCACGGGGAACUGUGUGCUGCUGUUCCUCUGGUGUCUCCUGGACAAGAGCUUCGUUUCUCCAAUGCACAGGUGGGGAAAGGAGCACCACGGGGGUCUGAGGGACCACAGGAGGCACGGCAUGGCAGGUUUUCAGAGAGUCAAACGAGGGUGGGUGUGGAACCAGUUCUUCGUGCUGGAGGAAUAUAUGGGAUCUGAACCACAGUAUGUCGGAAAGCUACACAGUGACCUGGAUCGAGGCGAUAACUUGGUGAAGUACACGCUGUCUGGAGAAGGAGUCGGAUCCAUUUUCACCAUCGAGCCGAGCACGGGAGACAUCCAUGCCUUGAGGAGUCUGGACCGCGAGGAGAAGCCAUACUACACGCUCAGGGCGCAGGCUGUGGAUGUGUUCACAGGACGAGCCCUCGAACCCGAGUCCACAUUCAUCAUCAAGGUCCAGGACAUCAACGACAAUGAACCAAAGUUCCUGGAGGGUCCGUAUGUGGCUAGUGUCCCUGAGAUGUCACCUGUAGGCACGUAUGUGACGCGAGUCACGGCCACGGAUGCAGACGAUCCCACUUACGGAAACAGCGCCCAGAUAGUGUACAGUGUCCUACACGGGCAGCCGUACUUCUCUGUAGACCCCAAAACCGGUGUGAUAAGGAUUGCAUUACCAAACAUGGACCGGGAGAUCAAAGAGUCGUACCAGGUCGUGAUCCAGGCCAAAGAUAUGGGAGGACAGCUGGGGGGUCUGGCUGGAACCACCACCGUCAACAUCACCCUCACUGACGUCAACGAUAAUCCACCAAGGUUUGCUAAAAGUGUCUUUCACCUGCGAGUUCCUGAAUCGGAGCCGGUGGGUUCCGCGGUGGGGAAAAUUAAAGCUCACGAUCUGGAUGUGGGGACGAACGCCAGGGUGGAGUACAGAAUCGUGCCAGGAGACAGCAGCUCCAUGUUCGACAUCUACACCGACGGACACACGCAGGAGGGCAUUGUUGUGCUCAAAAAGCCUCUGGAUUAUGAAAGCAGGAAGACGUACAGUUUUAAAGUAUCGGCGUCGGACCCACACAUGGACGAUCGUUUCCUGCAGGGCGGCUCACACAGCGACUCGGCCGUGGUGAAGCUCAGCGUGAUGGACGUGGAGGAAGCUCCGCUCUUCAGCAGCUCAGAGUACAGCAUGGAGACACGAGAGGGAGCUGCAGGGAACGCCAUCGGAGCGGUGAAUGCCCACGACCCCGACAUGGGGCACAGUCCCAUCAGGUACUCCAUCGAGUGGAGCGCAGACUCAGAGAAUCACUUCGACAUCGAUCCUGACGAAGGCACGAUAUCAUCCCGAGAAGCUCUGGACAGAGAAACGACACCAAAACACAACAUCACUGUAGUGGCAACUAAAGUUAACAAUCCGCUCCUGUUCAGUCGAGUCAGUGUCACAAUCACGGUGCUGGAUGUCAACGAGUUCCCUCCAGAACUUUCUUCUCCGUAUGAGGCGUUCGUUUGUGAGGAUGCAAAAGUAGGCCAGGUGAUCCAGAUCCUCGGUGCUACGGACAGAGACAUGCCUAAUUUAGGACACAGGUUCUUCUUCAAAUCUCCCCGAGAUAUCCGGAACAAGAACUUCACCAUUCGAGAUUAUGGAAACAACACGGCCGGGCUUGUGAACAGGCGUGCAGGAUUUCAGCGGAUGGAGAAGAGUGUGUAUGAGGUGCCGGUGGUGGUGGAGGACAGCGGGUUCCCCAUCCAGAGCAGCACAGGGACGCUGAGCGUACGAGUCUGUGCUUGCGAUGUCUCCGGUUCCAUCCUAAACUGCAGCACCAAAGCUUUUCUUCUGCCUCUGGGUCUCAGCCCUGGAGCUCUGCUGGCCAUCCUGCUGUGUGUGAUCAUUCUGCUGACGAUCGUGAUACUGUCCGUGUCUCUGAAGCGCCACCGGAAGAAAGACGCUCUGAUGUCAUCCAAAGAGGACGCGAGGGACAACGUGAUCCGCUACGACGACGAGGGAGGCGGCGAGGAAGACACACAAGCCUUCGACAUCGGAACUUUACGCCACCCAGAGGCCAUAGAGGACACGUCUGUCCACCGUUACGACCUGAGGGACGAUGAGGAAGGCGAGGACGUUCACGUGUACCUCCAACAGCGGUUACAGGAGAACCACAGAGACGCGACGGAACCGCCGUACGACUCUCUGGCUACGUUCGCCUACGAGGGCGAGGGCUCGAUCGCCGAGUCGCUCAGCUCCAUCGAAUCACAAUAUCACGAUUCUGAUAUCAACGAUGAUUUGACGUCAAUCGGAGACCUGGGGCCACGUUUUAACACUCUGACUCUGAUCCUUGCUGGAAGAAAAGACGGCGAGGACGAAGCACGUCUCCCGCAUGCUGAGGGAUCAGAACCGAGACGAGACGACUGAUGCGAUUUUAUUUUCAGAAAAGAGCUCUGUGAAAGUGAAACGCCUGGAAAGGUAUUAUUUCAGGCAUAACACUUUGACUGAGACAGCAGGAGAGGUGUGUGUGUUUUUUUUUCUUUCGCACGCCUCUCUUCAGCCCAUUUUCAACUCAUUUCAGUUGAAAGUUGCAAAUCCUUCCAACUGCGUUUUCAGUUCAGCUUCAUGUUUGCACUUGUCAGAAACUGAGUUUAAAAAAAAUCCUUUUGGGGGAUUUCGAAACACCCCUUUGAUAUGAAAAAAAGUGCCUCAAAACUUAUUUUCUUUUUCUCGCUCAGUUCACACACUCAUUCUUCGAAGCUAAGCAACUUCGCUCUGUAGCUUGAGUUUCUCACUUGUUAUGGAAAAAAUAUGGACUAAUAAAUAAAGAAAUAAAGAUCAAA